AUGGGUGAUAUCAAUGCUGUCUUGAAAAGUGUUAAGACACGCAACACAAAACUUACGUCCAGAUCACAUUUAAAAGCACUGAAGAAAAUACGACUAAUACUUGAAGAUCUCACUAAGGCCCUAUUUAAAAGGGUGGCGAUAUGGUCCUGCAAGCAAUUAACCCAAUGGAAAACGUGUUUAAAUGCUCCGCAGAACAUCACAGAAUAUUUAAAGUCUAGUGGACAGAAUAGGGGAGAUUGGAAGAUUUCAUAUUUUAUGGUCAAUGUACCUCUUCAUGCUGAAAUCGUCCAAUGCAUCAAUGAAGGUCUCCUGUCUGAUAACGAUUCAGAUGGCGAGCUGUCAAAUCCGGAUUCAAAGUCGAUGCUUCAUUAUUCAGUUGCCAAGAGAGAUAUUGGUCACUCUUCCACGGUUGUAUCAAAAACUUCAAAGCAAAUUAUGAAUACUCGUGUAAUUGCAAAUGUGCAAUCUUAUGGCAAGAACCAGCAUGGAGCAGUAGAUGAAGUUGAAAUUAACCACUCCAAUUCAUCACGAUGCGGUUGCAACCGAUCCUUCACCGCUGUUUCCCACGUCCAAGGACCUAGCUCAGGACGUUCUGAUAACUGUGGCACUUGGGGACAGAUGUGUUCCGAUCCCGGCAGAAUGGCUAACAGUGGUGGGGGAUGCAGUUCAGGGGGGCAGAACGCAACCAAGUGCCCGUCUAGUUGCCCUAUAAAAUCUGUAAAUGACAUUUCCAAGGAGACGGAUAUAAACAAAAUUGCGGCGUCAUGUAUUCGCAGAUAUACGCUGGAAGAGUCUAAAGCGUUGGCAACAUCUUCACCCAUGUACAGGCCAAAUCCUUGCUCUCCCACGCAAAAAUCGUGCGAUAACAUGAAACCUACUGCCUCCUGCCCAGGAGAACAGAUGUCUACUACUCCUAAGAUGCCAGGAAAGAAGGUUGAAGGACAAGCAGAGCUUUCUCUAAAACCUCUGUCAUCACCAAAAUGCAGACAAAAUUACUCGAGGAUGCGACAGAACGAGUCUGUUACGGCAGAUUCAUCAGACGGACAAUGUCGAAGGGGAUUACAGAGUUCUUCAAUGUGUCGUCCCACUAAACCACAAAAUGAUAAAUGUAUGAGAAAUUCCACGGAAUCUUUCGAUGAUUUCAAAUCUUUUUGCAAUCCCGGCUACUCACAGCCUAGUCCACCAACAAACAUGCAGAGAAAUCCUGCUAACCGAAAAUCUGGUAGACACAGUCCAUGUCGCAUUGCGAUAACUGGAUGUGAACGUCCUGUCUUGCCGUCCUAUUGUCCACCUAGGAUUUCUAAUCCUGAAAUUGACUCAAGAGACAGGUUCAGUCGUAGACGAACUGAUUAUGGUGUUUGUGGGGACAUGAGCAAAUCGACCUCGAGAUUUCUUAACACUGGAGAAGAUGGAGAAUGUGGUGGUUCAUCACAACGCUUAACAGGCGGAGAAAAGAUGAAUAGAGAUUGUUGUCAGCAGUCGUCGCGUUAUCCUAUAUCGCCUUCUCCCAAAUGGAACAAUACUACAGCUAAAGAUGUCUCUUGCGAUUGCCUAAAGGGCAAUCGUCCUCAAGAUUCCCGCAACGAGGACCAGGAAUUACGUUACGGUGAUGAUAGCUGUCAAAAGAACCCUGGGGGGUAUUCCUUCAAGAUCAAAUAUACCGAGGUGGAAGAGGCAGAUUCACCAUCUACACCCGAUGCGUCUGACGAUGACUGUUUGGGCAAACCUAAUCAGCUACAAGUAAGAGAUCGUAAUCGUCAUUCACCUAACGAGUGCUCAUGUAAAUCGCCUUGUAAGACCCCGAGCAAUUCGCAGCACGCUAGUUGUAAGUAUUCAGUAGAGGACUACAGUCGCGACGACGAUGAAGUAGGCUAUCAAGGCUGUGAAAACUUUGAUGGUGAUACUGGAGCUUGUCCUGACGACUACUAUGGCAACGAUUCAAGUGUUCCACCAUUUCUUCAAGAUGAAAGUAGUUGUGGAAGAAUUCGGGCUUCAAAACAUACAUAUGAAGAUCCCUCCGCCAUUAUGAUGCAGCGUUAUCAACAAAAUUACAUGUCUUGUUCUCCAGACUUCGCGGAAUUUUCCCGCAGUCCACAUCAGCCACAGCAGCGGUACAUGGAGGAAAAUAGAGGCUGCAUGCAUCAGAUGUGGUCAGACAUGGAACGUUCACCAAAUUGGCACGGGAACACGAAAAAUUCUGAACGUGCAAGGUGCAUGUCUCGAGCGCAUUCUGAAGAGUGUCCAUCACCCUACCCAGUUUGCAAAAAGUCCUGCGGAAUUCGUCGGAAACGUAGUCGCAAGAGAUGUGUGUCCCGACGCCAGCCCACACAGAAAUGCUCAGGCAGACCGCGGAAAGUAGUCAAAUUGUCCCGCAGAGCGUCAAUGGAGUUAGAGCGUCGAUAUGCCGCUCAGGUGCCCAGGAGCGAAUCCAGUUUGGCUUGCGAAGCCGCCAGAAACAAACGACGUUACUCACCGCCUGAUAGUUGUCGUGAAGACGCUAUAGUGUCCGGAGAGAAUAAAAAGUGUCUUUGUAGGUCAUCAUCGAGAUGUGUAAUGGUGAAUCCAUGCUAUCGUAACAAUCGUGCUGCUCUUUUGAGACGGAAGUUCAAUGCAGCGAAAAUAGAAGAGGAAGGUGACCCCUGUUGUUGUGUAAUGCUCUUUCGAUCCACUCCAGUGCAGGGAAAUGACUUCAGUCCAGGUCAAUUCUCUGAAUCUUGUGAAGAGAGGGAAGGAGGAGCCUUCAAUUGUUGCAUGAACGGGGAGCAGGUGGAGAGAGAUCCAUGCCGUAAACCCAAAUCUCCCUGUUCCAGAAGUCCGAUUCCCUUGAAUGGCUGUCAACCUAGAGAACGUGAUACAGAGGCAAAAAAAAAUUCCUGUCGAAGUAAUACUCCCUGUCUUAACAUCGACUUAAAGGGAAAAAAAAUUAUGCUCAGAAAAUUUGAAAACACAACAAACUGCGCCAGUUCUGAGUUAACGCUACCAGAAAAUAUGUGCGGAAAAAACUCCGCCAACAAUGACAUUUCCAUAGCCUUGGGUGAUAAAACCAUCAUCAUCAAGAAUCCCGACUCCAACGAUCAAACAACCAAGGAGGAAGAAAGCAAGGAAGGUGAUAAGAAGGAGAAGUGCACUCAAUGUGCCAAAAAAAGGAGUUUCUUCGCGAGGAUGUGCGACAAAUUUAAGAAAAAGUGUGCCAAAGCGAAUGCACAAAAUCAGACUGAUGAGGAGGUGAAGGAUGAUGACAGUGAUGAUACUGAUACAGGAGAUGGAUCUAAGUGCAUGCCCGUGAAUGACACGACUUCUUGUUCCUUGCGCUUCAAUGAAACACGUUCAUAUAACUGUUCUGCAUGCUCCACGUCUCGAUGUGUUUCUAAUCAAAGUCAUUCCUUCAUGGAUUUCACUGAUGAUCCCACAACGAACUUGCAACUUACCAUGCGUAGCUGGAACAAUACAGCAAGUGAACCGCAUUCGGGGGUCCCUGCAUUUGUGCAACACCCCCUCAUAAAUUCAAGAGGCUGGUGCAAGAGUGAAAGAGUAUACCAUAAAACAGGACGGCGGCAAUGUAGGGCAGACUACAGGAUGAGAACUUGCCCCACUGGUAUGUGGCAAAAUAACUUGUGCGCAAGAUCACAUUCAUUUGCGCCUGACAUGUCUGUAAAGUGUUGCAGUGUUGAUUCGAAGGCGCUGGUAACAAAAUGCCUUUGCAAAGAGGUGAAUUUAGGUGUACCAUCAUGUAAAAAACCUACAAUGCGAAUACGGAAAGAAAGAAACUUCAAACUAAAUGGAGUGUGUUUCUGUUCAAAGUACGGAUACCCCAACAAGGGUUAUUAUUUCCCAUUGUUAGCAUUCGGUCACUCCAUUGAGGACAAUUCUGAUCAGGUAAUAGGCCCUAAAAGAUUGAGAAAUUAUCACAGAUUCGCACAAUGUCCAUGCUAUAGGUCCUACAUUAGGCAGUUCCCUUACCAUGGAGGUAAAGUGAGUCCCGAACGUGGUGAUAGGGAUUAUGAAAAGGAAGAUCGAAUGAAGGCAAUUGAGAAAAGCAAAAAUAGCAACAACUUUUCCAGUGGAAUGAAUGAAUUUGAUUGUUGUGCCAAAUCAAUGGGAAAUGGAGGUCCUACUACCGAAGGAGGAAAGACUGCAAGUUCACAAUGUUUUACUCGGAACUCAUCAUCACAUUUUUUGCACGAGCCUACAAUAAAACCACCUCAUCAGGGCUCUGCUUCGACGAAAAAUACGUGUGAUGACCUAAAACGCUUAGACAGGCCGCUGUUCCAGACAAUUAAUCGACCAUGCUACGAAGUUCUGGCACUGUUCAAACGUCCCCUGGCCAAAAAUCAUAAAAACGAGUUGAUGAUACAUGAACCACAGAAGUCAAAAUAUCUGGAUUCACAUUACCAGCCAGCGUUAAGAAAGGUAAGAACUGAUCCAUCUACAGUAAAAUCAAAGAAUGUGAACACUUCUAGUCGCUGGCCUAGAAUAUCCACACCAUAUAAAAAGGGCUCUCACACCUUACCGAACGGUCGCACUAUAGAAAACCUGGGAGAAGUUGACAACCGUAGGUUUAGUGCCACUAAAUCGACUGAUGAAUUUACUUGCAGUCGGGUUGAAAGUGCCUUAUUGAGUCCGUUAAACAAAACCUGUGGAUAUGUUGAAGUUCGCCCCAUCUGUAAACAACCAGUUGUGAUAAAGUCUUCUGUGAAGAGUAAAUCCGGUCUGGAUGUUCCUUUCUAUGCAAAAAACUGGUCACAAUCGAUGCCCAAAUUUCAGCCAUCUCCAGUUCGGUCUUCCUCGUUUAUGAUGCCAUAUGGAAAUACGCUGUCUGCUAAACCAGCAUUUCUUCCCAGAAAUAGCGCUCCAUCAUUGCAAACGAGGCGAUCCUACGGCCAGGUCCCGCCGUCCAUCUGUUCGAAAGCCUCCUUCAACAAUAUGUGCCCACACCAUUGUAGGGUGUCUUUUGAUUCAAAGCCUGUGAAUCCUCCAUAUGAGAGCAUGGGUUGUGGAAACUACCCUAGGGGUGCAAACUACCCAACUGGAUUUUCAAAAAUGUCAGAACGUAUCAUGCCACCAGUUCCAUGCCAACGAGCUUACUCUCUUGAAAUUGCGAAGAUGCAUAACGGACCCACUGAGGUGAAUAAGUUGAAAUCAGCAGUAGUUCCAAAAGGGAAAGAUCAAGUUCCAAAACCAUGGCAGGGAUCUGAAAAGGCUUCAGCGAUCAAAGUCCCCGAAGCUUCCUUAACUCCACGUGUCAUGAAUGCGUCCCCUUUGCGGAGUUCAUCGAAUUCCUUUGGGUUCCCAUCACCCCACGAAAAUGCCAAGAUUCAGUCGAUCAAAGCAGUAAUACAGGCGCCUAAGAUGCCAAAAUACACGUUUGCUCGGUGCCAAAAUGAUAGAUUACUGCCCGAUUCGAGAUUCGCCGUAAUAUCCCCUUCACUACACCACAAAGCAUCAAUUAUGACUAAUGGGUACGAGGCCAAUGAGAACACAGAAGUCGAGCCUUUAACUCCCAUGGGUCAAAAGAAGGGGGAAAAAAUCCCAUUACAGUAUUCUUUUCAAGUGGAAGGGAGAAGAAUUCACGUGAAGGUUGACAAAGAGGGUGUAUUUCAUGUGCAGGAGGUGGGGAAACCACCUUCACCACCGCCAUCUGUUAACGUCGUCAAAAGUGGUGAGAAAUUGAGGCCCAACACAAAUGGUGUUAACGGCGAGCGAUCGACAAGUCUGGGCUCUUCAAUAAAGGCAACAGAUAAGGCGAGGGAGAUCCAGUCCCAGCCCUCUUCAAGUGCACAGCUUGAAUCUGAAUCCAGUGGGAAAUCCAUAGGAGUUAAUGGUACCCCCAAUAAGUGCUCUAUAUCUCGUUCGAAGAAUUCUCCCAUUCAUGAGAUCCUGAGACGUUCUAUCAGGUCGUUAAGUGGAAAACUUACACCAAGAUUUUCCUGUCAGGCGAAUCAACAGAUGGGCAAUAGCCAUACCGUAAUAGAGGAGGAAAAAAUGUCCGGAAGCGAUUGUGAAUUUUGGGUGCCACUCACAGCAUCGGAGAUUCCCUUUCAAACGGAUUCUAAGAGGAUUACCUCCAAAAUCUUCUCGACUAACAGUCAACUGAAAAUGCACAACACGAGUGAAGAGUCGAUGAUUCCGUGUAACCAGAAUGACCAUCAAGCGAUCCUCGAUCACUGCAGAGGCACACGUCGUCGGACUUCCACAACUAGUAGUCAAAUGCUGUUUCGAGGUGUUGGUACAGCUGUAGGAAGCAGUUAUACUGAUGCUCUACCUAUUGUUUCGUCAACCAAGUCACACAGAAGUAAGAAGAAGAAGCGAGUCUAUGCCAAUGCGGAGUCAGAGAAUGUCAACAAGCCAGUUUCGUACACUCAUUACUCCAAUUACAAAUCCGGUGAUUGUGUUCAGAAGAGAGGUAGCUGGGCAGAUGAACGUGACUGUAUUGUGGAAGAUUUUGACUCCUACCCCAAAACCAAGAACUCAACUCUUUUCACCUAUGACUGUCAAUCGGACAGUGAAACAUCCAUAGGGAUUUCCGCCUCUAUGAACAUGGGCAAGCAGUUGCGGCUUCAAGCUGGUUACAUGGACAGCGCUAAGCCCGCUACCCCAUAUCACCAUUUUAGCCUCUUAGGUUUUUCAGGGGGCGAGGAAGAUUCAACUCGCCCCCAUGUAGAAAAACAACAUGCGCCUAUUAUUCGAUCUAAUUCUGCACCUCUUUUUCUAAGGAAAAAAACUUUAUCAAACCACCUUUUUUCAAAUCAGGGGACCCCUGAACCAGCAUUGUCAAAUUCCGACACGGAUAAUAUCAUGGAAACCCCCUUCAAUGAGGAUUAUUGUGACUUGCAAGAGGGGACAGAAGCACAGGCACAAGCUGACUUGACUAAUCGCAAUAACUCUGCUCGAGAAGAGGGUAGAAUCACCACUAGAAAAGUCUCCAACCGAAAAAUUUACAGUGAAGAAUUUCUGCAGCAAUGCUCCAAUUUUUCCAACCAAAACAACUACUUCAAGUCCCAUCAUGAGCAAGUGACUCAUCCACAACUGACUACCCUACGGUCACCGCGUUUAUUACCUCCCCUAAAUGACUCGCUCGUCUGCGGGGAUGUCAAAAAAAUUGUUUCAGUGGGGAGUCAACUAAGCAAUGAAAAAGAAAAGAAUGUAACCAUGUUUCCAGUGGAGAUCGACAAAGACGACACAUCGUUGAGGAAUGAUGGUAACUCUACCGAAUCAGUAAAGGAGAAGAGUAGUGAUUCCGAAACUGAAGAUCCAUCACCUAUGAGUACAACAUUAACACUACUGCUAGAAGGACUUUGUGGCACCGGUGGAGGUGCAAUGGAUUCCCGUGUGUCCACUCGGAGUGAACCUCAGCGAUUCAACACAAAAUGCAAAAAACGUCCAUGCGUGAACGAGAAUGUGCGGUGUGCCUCAAAACCUACAACUAAUGGGCAGAAUAAAGGUGAGGGAAAGAGAGUCGAGACCAGUGCCCACAACUGCUUGAAAUUUAAGGAAAAUAAGUCUUUUCUUCUCCGUAAGAGGCAAAACUGCAAUCACACAAGCGUUAGAUGCAUGGCCUGCUUGAAGAAACAACAAAAGCAGACUCUUGCUAAGCCUGAAAUCCACUUCUUUGCCAAAGGCAUUUUGAAACAUCCAUUCCGAAAAGCACGUAGAAAAGACAAGCGUUCACCGAAGGAUACAAUCUUCAAGAAGAGUUCUAAAGGUUCACCCCGGUCUGAGACAAAGAAGCGUCGUCGAGGUCAUUUAACAAAGCCUAGUGGAGACCGCUGUUGUUGCGCCAGUUUAUCGAGGCGUUGGAGAUCAUCGAGUCGACACAAAACACGGUCUCACGCUUCCUCCUGUUGCAAUCGAAUGGCCUCAUUCGGAAUCGACACUGAUGGAUAUGGACCUAAUACCUCGACUGAAUGCUAUACAUUUCAAUUAGUUGAACCGUCAGUGAGUAUUGAACAACCCAGUCCUGACUUUAGCAGGUGCAAAUAUGAUCCAUUGAUGCAUCAGAGUAGGCUAUUUAGACAGUGCUCAGACGUGUCUGUGGCUCCCAGAAGCGCAUCUCUCAGUCAAUACAGUCGAAAACACUUCGUUUCCGCGUCCUCUCCCAAAUCAAGAAGUGUAAGCAUGCCAACGGCCGAGGAGAAUGAAGAUGAUGGCGAAGUAGAAAACUCUACCAAAUUUGGCAAACCUAAUUUUAUAUUCCCACCACCCUAUAACACUUCUCAUGCCCCUGGAAAAUUAUCCCUCAAUUCCAGCAGCAAGACAGGAGAGUGUCAAAGCUUGAUGGGCGAUUUUACUGACCCUCUAUUAAAUUGA